CGAGAGCUGGCGCUAUAAGCUGGCGCGGGGCUCACGUGGUUCCCUCUUUUUCGCCUUCCUUUCCAAGAUGGCGCCGAAAGUGAAGAAGGAGGCUGUCCCGGCCAAGACCGAGGCGAAAUCCAAAGCCCUGAAAGCUAAAAAGGCUGUCCUGAAAGGCGUCCACAGUCACAAGAAGAAGAAGAUCCGGACGUCCCCUACCUUCAGAAGGCCAAAAACCCUGCGGUUACGGAGGCAGCCCAAGUAUCCCAGGAAGAGCGCGCCAAGGAGGAACAAGUUGGAUCACUAUGCCAUCAUCAAGUUCCCCCUGACCACUGAAUCGGCCAUGAAGAAGAUUGAAGACAACAACACUCUGGUGUUCAUCGUGGACGUGAAAGCAAACAAGCACCAAAUCAAGCAGGCUGUCAAAAAGCUCUACGACAUUGACGUGGCAAAGGUCAACACACUUAUCAGGCCUGACGGUGAGAAGAAAGCCUAUGUCCGCCUUGCUCCAGACUAUGACGCACUAGAUGUUGCCAACAAGAUUGGUAUCAUCUAAGUGGCCAUUGUACGAAAAGACCUCCCACCUCUGAAUGCAUUUUGUACAAAAUGUUUCCUAUAGACUCCUGAGUCUAAUCCCACCGGUAUCUGUAAAAGGAUUUUGCAAUAAAUUGCAUCUUGGGCUCCAUAA